CACCACCACUCUGGUCCAAGGAGCUGGUGGGCCUUUGUGAUGUGGGCGUGACUCCAAGAAGGGGACGCCUGGCUGGGCCCAGGAAGUACUCUUGCUCUCCAGGUCAACAGGCAGUUUUUUCUUCCUGCCGGAAAUGAGCUGGUGUCACUGGGCCUUCGAGCUGAUACAGCUCUUGAUCUUCAUCACUCUCUGGGUCUUCUGGGUGGCUGCAGCCUUGUGGGUAAGAGACUCUCCUCAGCGGAGGAUCACAGAGGAGCCUUCCAGCCUAACUUCAGGGUCCCUGUAGAGCAGCCUUUCUCAACCUGUGGGUCCCCAGAUGUUCUUGAACUACAACUCCCAUCACCCCUAGCUAGCAAGGCCAGAGCUCGGGGAUGAUGGGAGUUGUAGUCCAACAAGAUCUGGGGACCCACAGGUUGAGAACCGCUGCUGUAGAGAAAUGAAUGGGCAGCAAGUGCAGCAAGCCCAGAACUGGGAUUACAUGCCCAUGACUUCUUGGCAUAGUAAACAAUCUACCCUUGGUUGUUGUUUUUGAACCAUCAUCAAUGGAAGUCCUGCGUGCAACACAUUACAAUCAUCUAACUUGUAGGUUACUAGAGCAUACACAACAGAAACCAUGCUAUCCCCAUCCACAUAGGUUCACAACCAAAGCUGACAGAAGACACUUUGUGUCACUGAGCUGCCUCCAUUGACAAGGUUUACUGAGGACUUGUGUGGGACAUGCAGGGGGUGGAGUCUGGGAGAUAAAGGGUGUGGCUUAGCAUAUCGGGGGCGGGGCCUGGUGGAACUGGGUGAGAUCUCAGAUGUACAGAAAAGGCUACAACUUACUUAAACUUUGUUGUUCACCUACCCAAUGCUGUCUCCUUUUUACCUCUUGUGCAACAGGCUUGUAGCCCCAGGACCAGGUGGCUAAAGCUUCAUGAGACAUGGAUUGGUGAGCAGUCAGUCUAUUCCUUUAGUCUCUUUGGGGAAGGUAGCAUAGCUGUCAAAUUACAGAUUUGAAAAUAAGGGACCAGCAGCCUCAAAAAUAAGGGAUCAGCAGACAAAAUAAGAGAUUUUCCAGGCACAGGUAUGUUCAACUUCUAAGCCCCUCCAAGCCAAAGGCAGAAAGCCCAGCCAGCAGCCAAACGAAGCCUCAAGCGGUGGUUCCCACAGCGCAGCAAGCCAGCAAAGGGGAUGCAGCAAGGAAAACCACCGUCACUUCUCCGCUGGGAAGUGCUGAGCAAAGGCGAGUCCCCAGGAAACGCAGCUGACUUGAUUGGCACAAAGCAUGCAAGCUCCACCCCCCCCAGUCGUUCUUAGGCUCCUUAUUGGGUGAGCAACGCAGCCAAGCAACACAGUUGGAGCCUCCCUUCUCCCUGGCAGGGAGGGAGGGAGAGGAGCUGCUUCCUCUGAAACCCGGGAAAUUUAAGGGACAUCAUCAAUAAGGGACAGCAGCAGGAAAUGGCGCUGGGAUAAGGGAGUUUCCCGCCAAAUAAGGGACGGUUGACAGCUAUGGAAGGUAGACUUGGAUUGUUGGCCUUCACAAGCCUCUCUGUCUCUUGCUUUCAGCCUGCAACGGAUUCUUUCAGAAAGAAAGCAAAGCGAGCAGCUCAAAGAAGUAAGUGGUAGCCAGUUUCCCUUUCUCCCACUGCCCUCUGUAGCACCCUCCUUGCUGUCCCAAACCAUUAGGUCCCACCAUAUUUGGAGGAGAGGUGAAUGUCCUGUGGCUGUGAAACACUUUCCUUUCUGUAUUUAAUUUUUAUUUACUUAUUUCUCUGGAGACUCUCCAAAAUACAUUAUGAAAACCUGUAUUUCUGUAAAUACACAACUUAUAAUAUUAUACAUCUGUAAAACACAUUCCGAUUAAGCGAUCCACAAGUUAGUAUAAACCUUUGGUACUGGUCUUUGGGUUUCCUGGAGAAUUUGUAAAUGAAAUGAAGCACCGCUGUUCUUCCACAAAUAUAUAUUUGUACUUUGUUCCUCUUGUCAGUCUUAAUUUGUGAAUCAACUUUUUGUAAGGGCAAUGUGCCAAGCACUCAAAUUUACACCAUUUACCGUAUUUUUCGCUCCAUAAGGCACACCUGACCAUAAGACGCACCUAGUUUUUAGAGGGGAAAUCCAAGGAAAAAAUAUUAUUUAAAGGGACCGCUGAGCAGAGCCUGUAUGCAUCCCAGGCUCUGCUCAGCGCUCCCUUUCACCAGCCGCGUGGAGCAUGUGUGCAGCGCUUGCAGGCUUUUCCCCGAGGAGGGAGAAGGGCUGCCCAUCACUGAUGGGUGGCAGGAUGAAGGCUCCCCGUGCCCUGCGGAGGCUUUGCACGGCUAAGCCAGAAGCUAGAACAGCGAGAGGGAAUGCUGCGCAGUGCUCCCUCUCGCUGUUCUGGCUUUUGGCUUAGCCGCGCAGCCUGCAUUCGCUCCAUAAGAUGCACACACAUUUCCCCUUACUUUUUAGGAGGGAAAAAGUGAGUCUUAUAGAGUGAAAAAUACGGUAAAUCCUUCCAGAAUGUGACUACAGUGGUGCCUCGCAAGACGAAAUUAAUUCGUUCUGCGAGUUUUGUCGUCUUGCGAUUUUUUUCAUCUUGCGAAGCACGGUGUCGGCAAAGUUUUGGAAAAGCUUCAAAAAUCACCAAAGUCUUUAAAAACCUCAAAAAAGGCUACCACACCACGUUCUAUGAGUUGCUCCUCGAAGUCAAGUCGCAACUGUAUUAACGGUGUUAAGAAAAAGGAAACAAACUUGCAAGACGUUUCCGUCUUGCGAAGCAAGCCCAUAGGGAAAAUCGUCUUGCGAAGCAGCUCAAAAACCGCAAAACCCUUUCGUCUAGCGAGUUUUUCAUCUUGCGAGGCAUUCGUCUUGCGAGGUACCACUGUAUAACCAUGCUGACAGCCACUAGGAGAAAUCCAGUCCAGCUUCUCAUUUAAAUACAGUGGUACCUCGGGUUAAGAACUCAAUUCGUUCUGGAGGUCUGUUCUUAACCUGAAACUGUUCUUAACCUGAAGCACCACUUUAGCUAAUGGGGCCUCCUGCUGCCACUGCGCCGCCACUGCAUGCUUUCUGUUCUCAUCCUGAAGCAAAGUUCUUAACUCGAGGUAAUAUUUCUGGGUUAGCGGAGUAUGUAACCUGAAGCGUAUGUAACCUGAAGCGUAUGUAACCUGAGGUACCACUGUAUAAAUUUAGUAGCUCAAGCUCUGGAGACUUCCUGACACGCUGAUGGGUAAUUUUACUUAUUUCAUUUAACACUUGUCCUCAAAAAGUUGUCACUUUGGGGCAUGUCCACCACAAGUGCCUAUAGCUGCCUGCAACUUACUCUAAGAUUCACCCCUGACUUCCAUUUGAAGUCCAUUUCCUGCAUAUGCUUUCUUUUUUUAUCUACUGCAAAUCAUCCAGAAAGCUCCCUUCUGACUGUCCUUGCCCUAUAGCAGUGGUUCUCAACCUGUGGGUCCCCAGAUGUUGUUGGACUACAACUCCCAUCAUUCCUAGCCAACAUGACCAGUGGUCAGGGAUGAUGGGAGUUGUAGUCCAACAACAUCUGGGGACCCACAGGUUGAGCACCACUGCCCUAUAGGAUACUGAGGAGAACACAUUGUCCUUCGAUCCACCCCUGCGGUUAGCCUUCAUGCCCUUGUGUGCUGUGCAAGGAAGCUUCAUUAUCAUCUCAGUGGCUACUGACCUGAUGGGCAUGUUCUAACUUCACUGCCAGAGGCAACAUGCUUCUGAACACCAGUUGCUGGAAACCACAGGAGGGGAAAGUGCUCUUGUAGUCAGGUCCUUCUGGUGGACUUCCCACAGACAUCUGGUUGGCUGCUGUGAGAACAGGAUGCUGGACUAGAUGGUCUACUGGCCUGAUCCAGCAAGGCUCUUCUUAUGAUCUUGCAUUAACACCAAAUUAAACGAAGUCCAAUCUGUUUCUGAUGAUGCAGUCCAGGCAUUCCAGCCUGGCCAUGCUCAGUUCCCAUCAGGUUUUGACAGCUGAACUGGCUACCAGAUAGAUCUUCCAAAGAAUCCUUAGCCAGCCUGUCUCCUUCCCACCAGACUUCCAGAGCCAACUGAGAUCUUGACCUUGGAGUGCAGACUGAGCUCUACAGAGGUGAACAUCCCACCCCAACCGAAGGAGCUGGAGAUGGAUCUGGAAUCGUAAGUCAGUGGACAAUGGAGAAGGAGGGAGAGAGAGGGAGAGCAACAAGGUCUGGGGUCCAAAAUAGGUAUGAUGUGGGGAGAUCCAUGGUUCAAACUUCCAACUAGGAAUUGGGAAAGGAGGGGGAAUUGCUGCAUUUUAAUGUGACCUUUCCUAAUUUGCACCUCCUCAACCAAUAGGCAAACCAAAGCAUGCCAGACAUAAAACACUAGAGUUGGAAACAUAGCUGUCAACUUUUCCCUUUUCUUGUGAGGAAUCCUAUUUGGAAUAAGGGAAUUUCCCUUUAAAAAAGGGAAACGUUGACAGCUAUGAUUAGAAGGGACCUCAAGGGUCGUCCAACCCACUGCAAUGCAGAAAUUAUAGCUAAAGGAUCUCUGGCUGAUGAUCAUCCAGCCUCUGUUUAAAAACCUCCAAUGAAGGAGAGUCCAUCACCUUCUGAGUCUUUUCCGCUGUCAAACACCUCUUUGCAUCGGAUUGGUCUACCUGGUGUUUAGUGGGAAUCUCCUUCUUUGAAGUUCGAAUCUUGCUCCACCUUCCAUGUGACAGCCAUUUAAUACUUGAUAUUUCUAAUAAAUACAUUUCUAAAAUACACAUUGUUGUUCGUGCUUUUGGCUAACAUACACAUUUCUGCAAGCAAUUUCCCCUGAUAUAAUGCAUUUCUGCAAUGUUAUUUCCCACUAUUAUGUACAUCUUCAUGCACAUUUUCUCCUUUAUAUAUAUGUUUUUGUACACAUUCUUUAGUUGGGGAACUGCAAAAGCAACACCCAGAAGGAGUUGCUCCUCUCUCUUUUAUUUACUGCAGAGGUGAGGAACAUGUGGCCCUCCAGUUGCCGAACUACACAUCCCAUCAGCUCCAGCAAGCAUGGCGAAUGGCCAAUGAUUAUGGGACUUGUAGUUCAUCAACAUCUGGUGUACCAAAGGUUCCCCACAGACCUGAUUUACUGUAUUCCACAGAGCCAUAAUUCUCAUAUCUGUUUGUGUGUGUUUCUGCCCAUUAGAGUCCUGUCUAGUCUCUCCAGCACCUCCUUGGGCUCCCUCACGUCCAUCAGCAGCAAUUGGUCUUUGUCCUCAUCAAGCGAUGAUGUAAUAAGCCUCCCAGACACGCCCCUCACCUCCUCACCAUCCGCCCCAGAGGAAGAUGGCCGGUACUCACCACUGCUUCACAGACCCUGUGGAGCUGGCCUUGAGGAACUCCACAGAGACCCCACGUCCCACCAGCCUGUUCAGUUCAACAUCUGCCGGAAGGUGCUUCAGGAGUUGUGGGGGGAGCCGACGCCCAACUGGGAGUCCCUGAACAAACUGAUCCCUGGUGCACCAAACCUCCAGCAAGCAUCUGAGGUCACCAGCGAAACUGACUUUGACAGCAUCUCCAGCAGAAGAAGCAGAGAGGAAGCUUUGAGCAAGUGGGAGAGACAUCAGCCUCUGAGCGAUCAGGAAGAAGUUCAGCGCAGCAGCUCAUGGGAAAUGUUCGCUGUUGUGCCCAGGCCCUCAAGCUGUGAGUAACAGGCCCCAUUCUCACCCCCAUUUUCACUAAAUACAGUGGAACCUUGGGUUGCGAACGUGAUCCAUGCGGGAGGCACGUUUGCAAGCCUCAGUGCCGCGUCUGCGCAUGCACAGAUCGCAAUUUGGUGCUUCUGCGCAUACGCAAAGCAUGGUUUAGCACUUUUGCGCAUGCGAGAGCGCCAAAACCCGUUCUGGUACUUCUGGGUUCGGCGCGGUGCGCAACCCGAAAACACAUAACCUGAAGUAUCUGUAACUCGAGGUACCACUGUACUCUUCUGCACAUCAUUGAGGAAGGUUGUAGCUCUUCCAAGCAUCUCUGCCUUCUACACACAUGGAACAUUCCUGGACAGGGGAACUGGCCAUGUUGUAAGCUCUCCCCCUCCCCCUGUCAUUCUAAGAGAAAACUGCUUCCCAAAGGAGUGAGACUUGAACCCAGAACACUCUGGCCUGAGUCACAAGUUGCUGUUGAUGGUAGUGGUGGCAAUUGCACUUGUUCAUUUCUCACUACAUAAAAUGUCUCAAAGCAAUUGCACAAUUCAAAACCCAUACAAAUACGAAAGUUUAAAUGAAACAUCAAACAACGUUAUUUUCUGAAACUGCUCAUUUGGGGCACAGCGAGUGAUGACCAUAGAGACAAAUUUGCACAUGCCAAGUUAUUUAUUCAUCUCCAUUUGUGAAUCACUUCCCAUGAAGCAACUCAACGCAAUGUAAAAGGUACAUUCUGGUUGUAAAGAUGUUGUUUCCCCACAGAUUCUUCUCCAAAUCAGUUCUGUUUGCUUUCCAUUGUCUCCAUUCAUUAAAAACAUAUACAAGCCAACACAAAUAAAUGUGUUACCCUAAAUUAAAACUUACCCAGUAAACACAGAUCACUGCCCCCACAAUUCAAUUUCCCCCAAAAUCAUUACCCACCUUGGGGCAUGGGGGGGGGGAGAUUUGGGUUGGUACCCCAUAGUUCUCCUCCAUAGGGGUCAGUGGGAAGAGGCAACAAGGUUUGUCUCUCUUCCCAUCACCUGUGUCACUGCAAUCAACCAGGAGGAAGAGAUGUGAGACAAUGACCACUCCCCACAUCAAAUGGGGGGCGCCUUUUGUACAGUUGCACACAGCCCCCCCUAAUCCCAUGCGGCUCCCGGCAGUACAGCCUGGAUUCACCCCUCCCCAGCUGGACACCUGGAGGCAGCCGCCUACCUCUGCCAGUUACCCAAUCGCAGCUGGGGAGGCGUUGCCAGGAGAGAGUUGGCCAGGUAAGGGGAGGGAUCGCCCUGCCCACACAAUAGUGGGCGGAACUUACCUGGGAGUUUUCAGUCCACUCGGGUUUCGCCUGGGGCUGGGGGGUCUCCCCCUGUCUGCGCAAUGAGGAGGUUGGUGCAGUGUGAAUGCACCAGCAGAGUCAAUGCAGCACCCCUGCUGGUGUGCUUUCAUCACUCUGCCUUCUCUGCUGCCUCCCUCCUUCCCUUCUUCUUCCUGGUGACACUUGUGACUGGGGGUCAGGUAAACAACUACACCCCUCCUCAACAACUGCUACUGAAAUGCUCUAACACAGCUUUUCUCAACCUGUGGGUCCCCAGAUGUUGUUGAACUACAACUCCCAUCACCCCUAGCUAGCAAGGCCAGAGCUCAGGGAUGGUGGGAGUUGUAGUCCAACAACAUCUGGGGACCCACAGGUUGAGAACCGCUGCUCUAACAGGUCAGGAUUACCCUGGUCCCUGAAUCCUCACCUUGACAAUCUAUCUGAGAUGUUAUGACAUUCUGGAGAAAGAACCUGGCCAUUUCUGAAUACUUCUGCUUUUCUCUCUCCUCUCUCUCAGGUCCAAACUGCAACCCCCAAACUUCCCGAGUGUAUUCUGGUCAACCUUUGGCUCUGCCCACAUCCGACAGCAUCCGGGACAGGCUCUCACCUUCAGGGAACACCAAAUCAGCUCAUGUGAAAGCCACGGCCCAGCUUUUGGAGGAGAUGAUGUCGGAGGGAGCAGUUUCCUGGGAGGAGAGACCUGCCUUGCCCAAACACCCUUCCCAAAGGGGUCAGCUUCGUCACCGUAGAUCCUGCUCAGCACUUGGGUCGGAUGCCACCCAGCGCUUGGACUUCAAUGUGAAGAAGAAGCAGAUCCCAGAGCUCUGGGGGGAGCCCACCCCUUCGACUAAGUCCCUGGCCAAACUGACCUGCCAGGCUCCCUCCUCCCCUUCCCCGGCCCGCUCCUCAAGCCCCCCACAGAGGGCUGAGAAGGAGAGAAGCAGGCAGUCUGGACCAAUGAGCAUCAGUCCAACUACUGUGAAAACCAGGGCCCAGCUUCUGGAGGCAAUAAUGCUAAGGGGAGGAACAUCUUGGAAGGAGAGGCCUGCCUUGCCCAAACCUCAUUCCCACAAGGCCCACCAAGCUCCCCGUGGUCCCUGCACAGCCAUCAGCCCAGAUACCGCUCAGCACUUGGAGUUCAACAUGAAGAAGAAACAGAUGCACAAUCUCUGGGGGGAGCCCACUCCUUUGACUCACUCCCUGGACUGCCAGAUCACCCGCUCCCCAUCACCUGCACACCCCUGUAGCCCCUCACAGAGGGUUGAGGAGGAGGAGGAGGAAGAGGAAGAGCUGUCUGAGCCAGCCAGGGCCCCCUCAAGGGGGCUUGCAUCCCAAACUGUGAGGGGGUGUUAUCCCCAGCCCAUUGCCUUUACAUCCUCCCAAAAGGACAGCGCUGUCCAGGUGGCACCCAAGAAAAGAGCAGAGGAUGGAAAUGAGUUCAGGGUGGCGAAAAGGGUCACCCUUCCUCCCACAAGAUCAGGCUUUUCAGAGAGUUCUCUAAGGAGCAGGUUUGUAAGCAGAGGUAGAACUAGGCGCCCCAGGAGCAGCCACCUCACCAGCAAAAGCAGUCCGGGGAUCCUUGGUGCCCCAGAGAAGAAAGUGAAGUCUUCAGGCAUGAUGGGUCGAGCUGAGAGCCUUGAAAGUAAGGAAGCCCAAAGCCGUCAAGCUGGGACAGAAAAUCAGAGGCAGCCCUCCAAGGGCAUCAGGAAGGUGAAGGCCAUUUCACACCAAGGUGCAUCCCAUCUAAAAGACCACAGAAUCUCUCCCAAGGAACCUGUGCCCGUAGCAAAGCCUGGCAGUGCCCAGCUGGCACUUGGAGUCACGCUCCCUUUGCACCCAAGACAAGAUGCCUUGCAACAGUUAGAAAUCAGGAGGGCAGAGAAAAUGAUGGUCCCCGCACAGGAAUCUGCACCUCAAGCUUCAAGGGCACCCCACUCUUCUUCCAAGAAGGAAAUCCAGCUGUCAGAGCAAAUGGAGGCCCCCAUGCAAGAAUUCACACCCCACACCUCAAUGGAGUGCCACCUACCGCCACCCCUCCCUUUCUCCAGUUCUGUCCAACACACACUAGAAAGCAGUGCAGGCAGAGGCAGAGAGGGAAAGAGUCUUGUUCAAAAGGCAGAAGACAGUCCCUGCUCUGCAAGGCCUGACACCCCUAUGGACCAUGUAAGAAAGAGCCUUGCAGCUGGGGGUGAGCCUCACAACCCCACAGAUAACAGACUCAUCAGCCAUGGUGGCAUCCUGGAGAACAAAAGCAAGGGUGCCCCUUUCCAUGUGAUGGACUCAGCAGAGAGUCCUUGGGAAGUAGGAAGCCGCCAAGCAGGAGGAGAAAACACCCUGGACGACAUGCACGGGAGAAAGGACAUGUCCCGUGAAGAUCCACCCCAACUGAUGGGCCACACAGUGAGUUUGGAGGAGAACCUCCCCAAGGAACCUUUUGCUAUAGCAAAGGCCAGCGCUCCUGGGCAGGUGCUGAUUGCCACAGAUCCUGGGCACGAAUGCCAAGGUGCUUUGCAACAAGAUGGAGAAGGAGGACCACCCGUGGCAAAGCCACUCUUGUCCUCUGAGAAGGGCAGCAGGACAUUAGAGCAAACCAAGUCCUCCUCACAGAUACCUGCCCCGGAGGUCCCCUAUGCGACACUCUCCAUUUCCGAGGAGAGAGAAAGCACAGCCCGAGCCAUGCUGAAGCCUGAAGCUAGGGAGGGGAGGGAAUUUGGACCAGCUACCAAGUUACCGACCAGCCCACUGCCCACGAGCCAAGUGGCAGCUCCGAAAGCAGUGCUGCCGUUUCAAAGCAACAACGGUGGGACGACUGUGGCCAAGCUGUCCCCAAGCACUCAGGCACUCCGUGAGCUGCCCUCCCGCCAGCAGCUAAGCCGCUCUAUCCUUGCCUCCCUGAGUGUGGAGCAGACAGUGGAGGACCUGCGGCUCAGCCUGGCGCAAGGCCUCGAGAUGGGCCACGGGGAGCUGCGGGCAGAGUACCCGGUGUGCCGGCAGUGCGGGAGCUGCAGCGCCAUGUGCCCUCACCCCCGCACUCAGCAGGACCCGCUCCUGCACAUCUUCCCGCGGCUGACGGUGCGCAACGGGAAUGUGCUGAUGGGCCUGGACUUCCACCUGAAGAUCAACAAGAUCCACGCCAGGAAGUGGGGCCUGCCGGAGACGGCAGAGGAGGGAAAGGCGCAGGAGCAGCCCCCAGAGCGAUGUGGCAGUGGCAGCAUCAAAGAGGGCAUCUCCGCCAACCCGGGCCCCAGGGCCCCUUGCAAGCCUUCUGGAGUGGUGGUGCAGCAUCUGCAAAUGGGGACCCAACUUGAGGCCACCUCCUCCUCGGUCCAGGUGAGCCUUGGCAAGAAGCUGGCAGGCAAGGGCAAGUGCCUCCCACCACCCGGCUUGGAGCGCCAACUCCAGCAGGGGCUUCCGCAAGCAGGACACCAUCCGAGCCGGGGCCCAAAGGACGUACCCACAACAGAGAAGCCCUCGAGGAACCCUGUGAAAAGGAUGCUACAUGUCAUCAAGCAGGCCUGGACCCGCAUUCGAGGAAACAAGGAGAAACUGGUCCAGCCUCCCGAAAAGCGGGCUACAGCUGGCGCUCGUAGAAGACUGGGGACUCCGCCAGUCAAGGAUUCCUCCCGGAAGCGCUCUACACGGGCCACUUCAGCAAACCCCAAAGCGUUGGGGUUUCUAGCUACCCAAGCGGCAACCACAGCAGCCGCCCCUCCUGGACAGGCUCCCCCCAUCUGCCGCAUGAGGCCUAGCAGCUCAGGAAACGUCAAGUGUUCUCCUCCUGUGCAGCCCCCAAGACCUUCCAGGCAACCUUCCUCCCAGUUGGGAGCUGCCCCUAGGAAGGGGGCAACCUCCAGGAAGCCCGCAGCCUAUCCCGCCACACCAGCCUUUGGGGGCCCCCAGAAAUCAGGGCUUGUUGUCAACCAAAAACCCUCUUUAGUACCCCCCAUGAAUGUGGAGAUGGCCCCGGCAAAGCAGGUCGUCCCUCCGGCAUCCUUCAAGAGCACCGGGGAAACAGGAAAUGCCCGCCCCAAGAAGGAGUCUCUUGGGACCACCAGGAAAGCAGGGUGUCCCCUUCCCAAAAGGGCACCCACUAAGAAAGUGUGGUUCCUCGCCAGUAAAUGAGCAGCUGUUCCUUUUCUCACAACCUGCUGAUGCUUUGCUGGAGCACCUUAAAUGACUCAGUGGAGACCAACCUCCCUGGUGCAGAUCAAAGAAUGCUUAUAUCACAAGGGGGCAGCAUGUUCAUAUUUAUAAAAUAAAUAUGUUGCAUUUGAGGCUCUGGAAAGGUAUGUCUUACA